AUGAAGCUUUCCUCGACAGCCAUCGUGGCAGCUCUCUCGCUCGCCUCGGCGGUCACUGCCAACAUCGGCCGUGGCGUACCCGACCCCAAGCUCAUCCAGAACCUCUACAAACGCCAUCGCGACAGUGGCGAGUACCACAAGCUCAUCUACAAGCGUAGUUCGCCCGCUCAGUCGGCGCUAAAGCCGCGUGCUACCACCGAGCCCGAACAGGCUGCCAUCAAGAACGCCGCACAGGAAUGUCAGCCGUACAACCUCCCCGAAAUGGCCGCCAUCCAAAAGCAGUUCCCCACGCCCUGGGACAAUGCUACCAUCCUUCCUGGCGACACUGAGGCCCAAAACACGUGGAACUCGAUCAAAAACUCGGGCAUCAUCCCUUCCGGCAUCAAACCCAAGGGCACUGUCAAUGGUGACUUUUCUUCCUUCACCCCCACCUACCCCGCAAGCGACCCUGACUGCUGGUGGACCUAUCAGGGAUGCGACACCCCCAAGCAUCCUAACCUCGCCAGCGACCUGACCCAAUGCCCCGAGCCCAACACCUGGGGAUUAACCUUUGACGAUGGUCCCAACUGCACUCACAAUGCCUUUUACGACUUUUUGCAGCAAAACAAGCAGAAGGCCACCAUGUUCUACAUUGGCUCCAACGUGCUCGACUGGCCGCUCGAGGCUCAGCGCGGUAUCGUCGAUGGUCAUCACAUUUGCGUCCACACCUGGUCUCACCAGUACAUGACCGCUUUCCCUGACGAGCAGGUGUUUGCCGAGCUAUACUACACCGCCAAGGUCAUCAAGGAUGUGGUUGGUGUUACGCCUACUUGCUGGCGCCCACCUUUUGGCGAUAUCGAUGACCGUGUUCGUGCGAUUGCUAAGGGUCUCGGACUCGAGUCGGUGCUUUGGACCGACGACACGGACGACUGGAAGAUUCUUCCGCUCGGUACCGAACCUACUGCCAGCAUCGACGCCAACUACGCCGCCAUCAUCGCCAAGGAAACCUCGGGCCCCACUGCAGGACAGGGCAACAUUGUUUUGACGCACGAGAUCAACGGAAACACCAUGUCCGAGUUCAUGAAGCAGUACUCCAAGAUCCAGGCCGCGUUCAAGCACAUUGUUCCUCUGACAGCUUGCAUGAACCAGACCAAUCCGUACCCCGAGAAAAUCACCUAUCCCAACUUUGCCCAGUAUAUUGCCGGUAACAUCAACGCCACCGGCUUGCCGCAGGGAUCGCAGAUCAAGGCGGGCGACAAUAACUACCAGCCGCAACUUGCCGUCAGCCAGACCGCCACGGGUACCAACACCAACGGCAUCGUCGGCGCUACGAGCUCGUCUUCUAAGCCAGCUUCUUCCGCACCGAGUUCGACAAACAAGUCGAAUCAGUCCGCAGAUAAGUCGGCCGCUACCACUCUGCUUGUAGGUGGCUCGCUCUCGGCGGUCGUCUUGCUCUCGGCCAUCGCCAUGCUCGCCUGA